CCUUCCAUCCUUUGCUCACAUUGCUCUUCCCUUCGGUGGGAAAAUUCCUGUUGGAACAUCGUGGAUUUGAACUCGGGAAUUGUAUUGGAAAAGCAGGAAUCUGCAACACACGCUGGAGGGAUUUUCUUCCAUGUUCUUUCUUAUAUUGUUCAGAAAACCGUCAUGUUGAUGUGGAUCAUGGCAUCCUGAUCAGAUCUUUCUGACCACUACCUUCUCUUUCCCUGGACUCAUCAUUGGCUCAGUGAUGAACCACACACCCAGCCCCCACAUGACAGAGGCCGCCAAGUCCGGGGCGGGCUUGUUGUGCGGCCUGGGCUUGGGCCCGGAUCGGGUGCGUUCCCCGGACAGCCUGACCCACACACCCAGCCCGUCAGGGGGAACGCCCAGCUCCAGCCCUCCUCUGCUGCUGUCUCCAGGGCUGGGGUGUGAUGGCGGCGGGGACUGGGAGAGCCGCGAGGAGCUGCGUCUGCGUGAGCUGGAGGAGGCUAGGGCGCGGGCGGCUCAGAUGGAGAAGACAAUGCGCUGGUGGUCGGACUGCACGGCCAACUGGAGAGAAAAGUGGAGUAAAGUGCGAGCCGAACGCAACAGGGCGCGGGAUGAGGUCAGGCAGCUGAGACAACGCCUGGACGCCCUUACCAAAGAGCUGACGGGGGCGCGACGAGAGCGCCAAGAGCUGGCGGCGGAAAACGAACAACUGCGCCUGGAGGCCCAAAGAGUCCUAGCUGAACAGAACUCCCCAGCGAAUGCUUCCACCGCACCAGCAUCCAACUCCUCAACUGCCUCCACACACUCCAACCAGCCAAGGGAAGCAGACAUCAAGCAGGACAGCCAGGAUGAGGAGAAUGUGAGAGAUGGGCCAGGCUCUCCAGAGCAGGAACCUGUGAGAGAUGUAGACACUGACAAACCAGACAAGCAGAAGGAGUUGGAGUUACUGGAGGCUCUUCUCAGGGCAAAGUCAGAGGCUUCAGACUCUUGGGACAUUCGCAGUGCCAGUAGCUUGCGCUCAGUUCUCAGUCGGCAGGACCGGAGCAGACUGCUGUGGGAGGAUCUGGCUGCCCUGGAGGAGGACUCUAGCAAGCUCAAUGCUCUCCAGCUACGCCUGGAUGAAUCCCAGAAAGUCCUGCUGAAAGAAAGAGAGGAUAAACACGCGCUUAUUAAGAACAUUGAGAAGCUGGAGGCAGAGCUGAGCCAAUGGAAACUGAAAUAUGAGGAACUGAACAAGAGCAAACAAGAGGCCCUAAAACAGCUGAACUUGUUGAAAGAGGUGCAUCAGGAUGAGCUGGGCCGCAUGUCUGAAGAUCUAGAAGACGAGUUGGGAGCUCGUACCAGCAUGGACAAAAAACUGGCAGAGCUCCGUACAGAGAUGGAGCGUCUGCAGGUGGAGAACGCAGCAGAGUGGGGUCGUCGGGAGCGUCUGGAGACGGAAAAGCUGGCUCUGGAGAGGGAAAACAAAAAGCUGCGCGCCCAGAUGGAAGACCUGGAGGAGCAGCUGGCACGUAAACGCAGGCAGGCCGCCAGCGCCCUGGACACCGACCUCAAGACUAUCCAGUGUGAGCUCUUUGAGAGGAACAAGGAGUUGGCAGAUUUGCGGCAUGUCCACUCCAAGGUUAAAAAACAGUACCAGGAGAAGAUGGCUGAGCUGGCACAUGCUAAUCGGCGGGUGGAGCAGCAUGAGGCAGAAGUUAAGAAGCUCCGACUGAGGGUGGAGGAACUAAAGAAAGAGCUGGGCCAGGCUGAAGAUGAGUUGGAUGAGGCUCAUAAUCAGACCAGAAAGCUACAGAGGUCCUUGGAUGAGCAGGUGGAGCAGACAGAGAACCUACAAGUUCAGCUGGAGCACCUUCAAUCCAGGCUAAGGCGUCAGCAGAAUCCUGGCCUCUUUGGCAAGAUGAGGACAUCAGCUUCAUCGCGUUUUGUGCCUGAAGAUGCAGACGCCCCCCCUAGCGACCCAGAUGAAGAUGAAGAAGAAGACCUGCAGCUCCAAAUCCCCUAAACUCUUCGAAUGUAUGAAAGACUCAUAGAUCGCACUCAAACAUUUCACCUUCCCCCUUCAUUUCAUCUCCCAGUUGAAUCCAGAAGAGGACACAGACUUCACAGCCCUCAGCAGACAGAUGAACGCAAUGAUUUUUCAGUACCCAUCUAAAAAAAAAAAAUGUGUGCCAGGGCCAAAGCAGUUUCUGAAAUCUCUGCUUGUGUCUCCACCUAUAUAUUACUGGUUAUAGUCCAAGAUGGCACAUAGAUGAUCGAUAUAAAAAUGCACAUUACAUUGUACUAGUUCAUAGACCAUUUAUAGUCCCAACUGUUGGACUUUUGAGGGUUUUAUGAGCACUAGAAAAAAGGCCUUUUGAUGCCAGGCGAUUCCUAGAAUUCACAUGCGUUAGCACACACAUUAAAAAAAAGCCAAUUGUAACAAUUGUUCACACUUUUCAACAGUGAAGCCCUGGAAAGAAAUUGAUGAGGUCUGGACACAUCACAUUACAUUCCCAUCUCUUAUCCGACCUACAAAAGCACCCAUGCGUCCAUACAGUACCUCUGUGUUUCUGCUCCAUGUACUGUUUACAUGCAUGUCUCUUGCCUCCUCUAUUCAUUUUUUCCCCAUCACCUGCAUUGUAAUUUUUUCUUGUCACCCUUUCAUUUGAAUUGUUCCCUUUUGCUCUUCCCAUUCAUUUUGAUUUCUUAUUUAAUCUUUUGUCAGCCCUCCCACACACCCCCGUCCCUUAACACCAACUCUCACAUCAAUAUUCAAAACAACCCAUUCAGAACAUGAUGAUUAUGUUUCCUGUGUCUGGGGAACGUUUCAUUUCUGCUGUGUUGUUACUGAAGAGGCAGGCAAAUGCUUUGUUUUUUGCCAGUAGUUCUGUUUUAAUUGUCCCAAAGUUUUUUCUCUUGGUUACCAUAUAAAUGUGUUUCUGUCUUUGCAGUGGAGAACUAGUCUUGUUUUUAUAUAGGAAUUAGGGAGGGGGGAUCAUGGGUAGUUUGUGAACGAGUCGGUUGGAUUCUUAUUAAAUAUAUUCAAGAAUAAUUGCUUUCCCCUUUUGCAUUUCAGCCUGUCGAAAGGGACCGGUGCAUUUAACAAAUGUUCUGUUGAUUUUAAACAGACUUUUAAGCAAUAUUAUACUGUGUACAUCUGCAGUGGGGACCAAAACUGACUCAUCUUCAACUGGGACAUUUGUACUGGUCAUAUUAAAGUAUUUAUCAGAUGUUUGUUUUUUACCUAAGUGGCCUGUAUUACAGUUUUUGUAUUUGUUUGUGUUUGUAUUUUACCUCUAUAAAUGUUAAGUGUAUAUACAGUAAAUAUUGGCUGUGUGACUGUUAUUUAGUAUCAAAGGUGUCAUAGACAUAAAAAAAAAAACUAAAAAUGUCUUGUUUUGUGUUUCACAGAAGAAAAACUGCAUUUUUGAAACAACAAAGCGAGUAAAUGACAACAUUUUCAUUUUUUGGUGAACUAUCCUUUUAAAGCAUUUAAAGUUAUCAUUAAAUUAUAAUGAACAAUUACUUCUUAUGGAAUUUUGCAGUUUCUUAUAAAUUAUGUAUCUAUGUACAAAUUUUAAAAGUUCAUGUGUCCUUGUAAUCUUUAAUCAAAAAUGAUCACAUGAGAUUGAAGCAAUUAGCAAACAAUCCAAUCAGUUCCAAAUGUACAAAUUUUUGGUCGUAAAAACUCCAUCAUAAUCUAUUAUUACCCAGCAUUUGAAUUUAGUUACUUUUAUUUUUGUUCACACAUUUUCAUUUUUAAUUAUGAACCUACAGGACGAUAUAGGCUUAUGCAUUUAUUUUUAACAGAUGAACAGAUGAGACUGCGUAACUUUUAAUGUUCAACACCAAACCUCGCAGUGACAGAUUUUAAUAGAUUCUCAUUUUUAUGAACCAAUAUUGAUUUGUAAAUCCCAAUCGAUCUUUUGGUCUAUGCUGUUUUCAGUUGAUGAAUGAACACUAGUGUGCCUCCUAUCCAAUAAAUCGCAAUAGGUUAAGCUUUGUUACCUUUUUUUUUAUAUGAAACAAAGUCUCAGAUUUCAAAUUCUGUCCAUUUCAUUAGAAAAUUCAAGCAAUAAAUACGGUUUCGGAGCUCUUUAAUGCGGCGUGAUAGAUCGUUGUAACUUCUGGGUACUCUUGUGUGUAAUCAAACGCAUAGCAAAACAUUCGUGACGGUUUCAUUUUUGUUCUGGAUCCCGUGCUCUGCAAGAGGGUGCUCGCUGCAGAGCCAAAUGGGAGGAGCUGGAGCUCUUCUUCCCCCUCGCUGGAGGUAAUGGGUGGAGAUGGACACCUAACCACACCCUAAGCCCUACCCCUUACCUUUUCCUAAACAUAACUCCACCCAUUAGUUUACACAGCAGUGGAGCUGGACAUCCAGAGAGGGGGAGCUGGAGGCCAUUUGGCUCUGCAGUGAGCACUACUUGUGCUUUGCUGCCACACCGGAGCGCACUCGCCACCAACUGGACAGGGGUGGGAAUUACAGUUAGAAGUUACAAUAGAUCACCCUCAGUGUAAUCUGUCAAAGUGACAGAUGGCCUUCAGAUUUUUCUUCACUGAUUGGGGAAAAAAAA